CAUGCGUCAGAAUUAUUCCGUCCUGAUCGUUUUAGUGCAGUGAGGCCUUGUUCACGGAAAUGCAGGCAUGUGACUUGUACGGGGAAGUUUGGUACUCAUCGCUUUCCGUAGACCUGGAGUGUGUCCCUGUGCAUCAUGGGAGUUGUAGUCUGUAUGUCCUGACCUCAGAGUUUGCUGGCUGUAAGCAGGAAUACGGGAUGUCACAAUGAAACGUCUGCCGGGUUUUGCAUUGUGGAGGAGUUGCCAUCGUUUUCAUUCGUGUGCUUUUGACCAGCCAUCUCGCAGACUAUGUACAACGUUUUUUAUAAAGCAACUUCUUGGAUCCCAUUUACAAAAUAGAAGUCCUUCUUAUGGUGUGGUCAUUCAUGGGUUUCAGCCAAGAAGAAGCUGUUCUCAUGGCAUUGGAGCUCUCUGGCCAAAUGAUACCUUGCAGAAUUACUUGCAGUCCUUAGUCAAGGAGCAUGGACGAAUAGGGGAAAUGUUAAACCAUACACUAAAAGAAGAGGAACGCAAAGCUCUAAAUGUUCAGCAUGCUGAACUGUCUUCUAUUUGUUCUUUGCUGUGCCAAAUACAAGAGUCAGAAAUAGAAGGCAAGGAGUUGGAGGCUAUGUGUGCUGAUCUCACAUCCAAAGAAGAGGAGCAGUUUCGGAGCCUUGCAUUGGAAGAAAAGGAUGCUUUAAAUCAUAACAUCAGUCAGUUGCGUACAAAGCUAUUAAAGCUUCUGGUGCCUCAGGAAAAAUAUGACAAGAACGAUGCAAUGCUAGAGGUAGUAUCUGGCAGAACUACGGGAGGUGAUAUUUGCCAGCAGUUUACAAGAGAGAUUUUUGACAUGUACCAAAACUACGCACACUACAAGUCUUGGACAUUUGAAAUCUUAAAUUACACACCGGAAGGCAGUGGAGGGCUGCACCAUGCGGCUGCACGUAUUGCGGGAGAAGGUGUGUACAAACGUUUGAAAUAUGAAGGUGGAGUUCAUAGAGUUCAGCGCAUUCCAUUGGUGGGCCUUUCCUCUAGAAUGCAGAGGAUUCACACAGGAACCAUGACUGUAAUCGUCCUUCCACAGCCAGAUGAGGUUGAUAUUAAAAUUGAUCCAAAGGACUUGAGAAUUGAUACUUUCAGAGCUAAAGGGGCUGGAGGUCAACAUGUUAAUACGACAGACAGUGCAGUGAGGAUUGUUCACCUACCUACAGGAAUGUCAGUGGAAUGCCAAGAAGAUCGUUCUCAAAUUAUGAAUAAGGAAACUGCCAUGAAGAUGUUAAGGGCUAAACUCUUUGAACAGACGGUAAAUCUGGAACUGUCCCAAAGGCAAAGUGCCAGGAAACUGCAGGUUGGUACAAGAGACCAGUCUGACCGAAUUCGUACCUACAACUUCACACAGGACAGACUUACUGACCACCGGAUAUCUUUCGACUCCCGAAAUUUAAAGGAAUUCAUAAACGGUGAAGAUCUCUUGGAUGACUUAAUAGAUAGGUUACAGCAGUCGGCAGAUGCAGAGGCUCUUCUUGAGGUCAUAGAAAACAAUUCCUUCAAGCUAAAUAGGUGAGGGGCUCUGGGCCUGUGAUGGCAUUCACUGCUUGGCCCCUGUACCCCUUGCCUUGUCUGUCCUUCUAAGCCUUGCCUUGUCAUCUGUCAACUUUCUUUUUAUGGCCUAACCCAAAGCAGGCCAGCACA